UCCGCUUCCGGGCGAGGGGUCGCGGGCAGCGGUUGCGGGUCGCCAUGGGGCUGAGCGCGGAGGAGGUAGCGGAGCAGGAGGACCGCUUCGAUGGCAUGCUCCUGGCCAUGGCGCAGCAGCACCCGGGCGGCGUGCGGGAGCUUGUGAACACGUUCUUCAGUUUCCUGAGACGGAAAACGGAUUUCUUCACAGGUGGAGAAGACGGAGUGGCAGAGAAGCUUAUCACAGAUACUUUCAACCACCACAACAAGCUGGCACAGAAGGAGCGGAAGGAGAAAAAAGCCCGGCAGGAAGUUGAACGUCGUGAGAAGGCAGAACGGGCUGCAAAACUUGCCAAGGAAGCAAAGCAGGAAGCCAACGAGCCAAAGAUCAAAGAGCUUACAGAGGAGGAGGCGGAAAGGUUGCAACUGGAACUUGACCAGAAAAAAGAGAGAAAAGAAGAAGAGAAUAACAAUGUCUCUACAAAGCCCUCUGAGCAUGAAACAGACUCUCCAGAUUCUAGCAAGCAGGAGUCAGAGGAGGAGGAAGAAGACGAGAAGGAUAAAGGGAAAAUGAAACCGAACUCCGGGAAUGGGGCUGACCUUCCAAACUACAGAUGGACACAGACCCUUUCGGAGCUGGAUCUGGCAGUCCCAUUCAAGGUGAACUUCCGGCUGAAGGGGAAAGAUGUGAUUGUGGACAUCCAAAGACGGCAUCUGAAACUGGGCUUGAAAGGUCACCCCCCUGUGAUUGAUGGAGACUUCUACAAUGAAGUGAAGGUGGAGGAGAGCUCUUGGCUGAUUGAAGAUGGGAAAACAGUCACUGUGCACCUGGAGAAGAUCAAUAAGAUGGAAUGGUGGAACAAGCUUGUCUCCACGGAUCCAGAGAUUAACACCAAGAAAAUCAACCCAGAGAACUCGAAGUUAUCAGACCUGGACAGUGAAACUCGCAGCAUGGUAGAGAAGAUGAUGUAUGACCAACGACAGAAGUCCAUGGGGCUCCCAACAUCGGAUGAACAGAAGAAGCAGGACAUACUGAAAAAGUUCAUGGAACAACACCCAGAAAUGGACUUCUCAAAAGCUAAAUUCAACUGAGCUCCUCUUCUUUCCCCUUUUUCUUCAGCCAAUCCACUGAGUACAGGCAGGAUGUGUAUCGGCAGAUGAGGCACCUGCCUUGGGUGAAUAAACACUCCCCACCCCUUCUCUCCCCCACCCUCUCCCCAACCCAGCUUGCUGUGGAAACAGCUUCAUGAGUGUCAUCUCCUCACUUGUCAUCUUGGCAAAACACAAGGCUCAGUUUGAAGUACCAGUGUAUAGCGGUUACAUAGUCUAUGGGAGCAUGUUACCCAGUUAGGGAGGACCUUGCUGUGCUGUGGGCAGGGGGAGGGAAGUACAGCAGAGUCAGAGUAAGAUGUGCUUGAACAUCUUCCUGGGGGAGGGAGAGGCUGCUCAGCUCUCAUCUGGCUCUUUGGGCUACCAUUCCAAUCUCCUGACUAACACCAUUUGAGUCAUGGCUGGAGCAUAGUCUCACAGCUCCUGCUUUGAAAAUGGGGAGUCACGGCACGUCCGAACAAACUCCCCCUUCCACUUCUUCCCCUCCCUCAGUGUGCCUAUUGCUGUAUAUUAUUCAAAGCAGUCAGGUACAUAUGCCUUUAAAGCACCUCUGGAAUUCUUACCUGACAGGGUAGCACUCCCCCAGCUGUAUUGAGAGGUUUGCUGAGCCAGGUUAUGUCAGUUCUUGAGUCACCUGUUGGUCUGGUCUCUAGUGAUAUACCCCUGUUCCUACUAGCUAAGUCCCUUAACUGUUCCUGCUGGGCUGGCCUGUUUCCUCCUGGAAAGGCUUGCUAGCUUAUAGUUGGCCAUUGCUCUCAUUUUUCAUGUCCUUGCCAUGAGGGGAGCCAGCCACCUCACAGACUGCUGUCACCCUUGGUCCUUAGUGGAGGCAAACAUUACUGACUUAAAAACUGGUUCCCCCAGUAUAGAAGUUUUCUCUUUCCCAGCCCCCUGGAUCCAGACCAGUACAGCUCUAUGUCACUGUCCCAUCCUAACCAUUGCAUCAGUGCUCACACUUGUGUGGGGAGACGGUUAGCCCUGGCUCCAUAACCUCUUACCUGUGACAGACGCUGGUGCAGUCAUGUAUGAGAUGGGUUGGUUUGCUGGCUGCUGUUGGUGAAAGUGAGACAAGCUGACCCUCACUGAGUUGUAGGGCUGGGACCCUGAUGAGACUGAAGAGUGUGCUGGGAUCCCCGUGUUGUGGAAGGGGAACACCGAGGGUCUCCAGUUAGGGAGGCAGGAUGGAGCCCCGUGCAGCUGGCAUUCUUCAGGGAAGCUGUUCUGCCACCCACCUGCAGUCAGCAUUUUCCAAGAGUCUUUCUCUGAGUGGUGACUGACCAGUGAGUGCCCCUGCAAUGUCUCCCUGCUGAGCUGCUGACUAGAGUGAGGUGUAUUCUGCAUGUUCAAACCUGUUAAAACUGCAGCUGUAACAUAAAGGAAAAAGGUGACAGA